UCCUGUGACCGGCGGGGGACAGAGGUGACUCAGUGUCCUCUGGGGAGCCCUUGUUUCUGUGAUUCGAGGACGGGACAGUGUCCCUGCAGGAGGGGGGUGGUGGGCAUCCUCUGUGAUGCGUGUGAGGACGGAUACUGGAACCUGGAUGGAGCAUCAGGGUGUCAACCCUGCAGCUGUGAUCGUCUUAACUCUUUCUCCAACACCUGCAACAAGGUGACGGGACAGUGUCCGUGCCGUCUUGAGUUUGGAGGAAGACAGUGUGACGAAUGUGGAGAGAAUCAUUUUGGGAAUCCAGAUCUGCAGUGCAUCUCUUGUGACUGUAACAUGGAGGGAACGGAGCGACCGUCAUGUGACCCUGAAACCGGGGAGUGUAUCUGUCGGACUGGCAUCACUGGUAUCUUCUGUGAUGAGUGCGCCCCGGGCUACAGCUCAGCGUUUCCAGCCUGCGAGGAGUGCCACCCCUGCACCGCCCUCUGGGCCGAAAAUGUCACAGAUGUCCAGCGAGCCGUGCAAAGGAUGAGAACUUUGAUCCCUCGCCAGAGCCACGACCUGCUGCCCACAGACGGUCACCGGCAGUGGAUGCUGGAGAUGCACUCCAAGCUGGACGGCCUCUGCAACCUGACGGGCCUCUCCCCACCGAAGGUGAAGCAGGUGGAGAAACAAUAUAUGAUUAUUGGGAAGCUAAAAGACGCCAUCGGCCUGAACUUGAUCCUGAUCGACCCGUCUCCUCUCCUCAACACUGAAAUCGACAACAUUCGUUUGGAGUUUAUGAAGCAGCUGAACAACCUGAAGGAGAAACUCAUGGAUGAUCCAGACCAUGCAGAUGAAGACCUAGAGGAGCUGCAGGAUGAGAUCCAGAGGCUUCAUACAGCCUUCAUGUCGGAUGAGAAGAGGGUCAGAAAUGCCAACAAAGCUCUGGAGCACUCAAUGGACACCAGACAGGAAGUCAAACUCAAACUGAGCAUGUGCAGCAGCAGAGACCUAGUGCUGCUGGAGAGGAAGGUCAAAGAGCUAAGCGCAGUCAACCUUAACCUAAAGAUCUGUGGAGGACAAGGUCUGGAGGACUGUUCUGGAUGUGGUGGAGCUUUGUGUGGUCUGAAUCUGGGAAAAAGGAAAUGUGGCGAUCUAAACUGUGAUGGAGUACUUUCUGUCAGUCAGAUGGCUUCAGAGACGGCAGAGAGAGUGAAGGACAAGCUCAUCCUACUCCCAGCCAGACUGCAGGAGUCUAACAGCAAGAUCAAUGAUGGCAAACAGGCGGCUCGGGACACCAAAGACCUGCAGCACCGGAUCAAUGACAACAUGGACUCCUUUGAGAGAGAGAAGAAGAAAACCAAGGAUCUCAUCCUGCAAGUCAAAGACCUGAUGGAUGAGAGGGUUCCUCCAGAAGACAUUGAGAAAUUGACCCGAGCUGUUCUGGACAACCAGCUGCCACAAUCACCUAAUCAGAUCCGAACAAUGAUCAAUGAGAUCAGUAACCUGCUGGCCAGUGGCACCAAUUUCCACAACGACCUGGAGAACCUGGAGGAGCACGCCAGGACUACCCAAGACCUGCUGCAGAAAGCUAAGCAACUCAAGGAGCAGACAAAGAACAUUGAUGUGAAAGAGAUCCGCAGAGACAUUUAUGAAGCAGAGAAAACUCAGAACAAAGCUGACAGCAACCUGGAAACAGCCAGCCAAGAUACAGACAUGACCAGAGACCAAGUCCAAGGCAUUAAAGACAAACUGAAUGAUAUUGUGACAACGCUGAUGAAUCAAAGUCCUGAAGAUAUACAGGAUGAGAUUAAAGCCCUGAAGAAGAAAACUGAACAGAACAGAGAGAUGGCCAGAGCAGCCCGAGAGGCUGCAGACUCUGCUUUAGACACUCCUGACACACAAACGGAGCUGGACCAUGUGAUGAAGCAGUUUGAGCGCUUAAAGCAGAAAAACCUGAAUGUGGCGGUUAGAGGUGAAGCUAGACUUAAGAACAUCAUGGAGGAGGCAGAAAAGAUGAAGAGACAGAUGGAGGACAAACUCAAACUGACACUAGAUCUGGAGUUAAGGAUCCAGCGGCUGAUCAAGAUUAAAGAGGACAAAGCAACUGAAGUUGACAAGUUGUUGGAGACAGUGGAUUCACUUCAACAGGAAAUCUCUAAACGAGCAGAAGGAUACAUCAGCUGUACCGCAUAAAUACUACUGAGUACUACACACUGAAAUACUGGGGAGUUUUUCCUUAUCUGAAUCGAGGGUCUUAGGCCAGAGGGUGUUGUAUACUUUACAGCAGGUGUCAAGUUAAAACCACUUGUGAGGGUGCCUGGUUAGCUCAGCCAGUAGUGCACAGGCCUCUCAAUCCGAGGUUUGUGUGUUUGACUCCAACAUUGCGGGAAUUUAUUUUCCCUCUUCUACAAAUUAACUAGGAAAAGACUGUUUCACAUACUCACAAUAAAGUAUGUGCUGUAGUGUGUGCGUACCGGCGGUUGAUCCACAUCCAUCAACCUAAGGACUGAUUUUCAUUUCCCAGUAUCUUCAGAAGGGGAAAGUCCUGCGCUGAACUGAUCAGUCUGGUAUUUUUAUAGAUUUGUUUUAUUGUAAAUCCAAUAAAAAGACUAGGACUGUGUGAAAUUGGUGGCCUGUACUAUGAAGCGAGGGAACUGGCUUGUCCAGGUAACUUCAAGUGUAACUUCCUGAUUAACCCGUACUACGAAAGGUGGAUAGGUGUUAACCGAGGUCUGUUGCCAUGGCAAUUUACGCCGCAUCUCUAAACUGUUCCGAGCAGGUUUUGUUGAUGCUUAACUCGAGGUUACUCUGCAGGUGGACUACACACCACAUCUGUACUCAGUGUUAAUGAUGAGAAGUAGGAUAUUAAUACACACCACUUCAUAAAAUAUGUUUAGAUUUCAUCCUGACUUGUUCCACUGCGGUUGCGGCUGAAAUGAAAUUAUUUAUGUUCAGACAGCGAGCUCUGCAGCCUCGGAGAUUUUAGAGAGGAAUCUUAAUUAACGGGACAGUUUCUGAGAUGUAGCCCAUCUGUAGUCUAUAAUUGGAUUCUCCUAAGUGUUUUCACAUAUUUAGAUUGACUAUUUUACAUGUCCAAAAAACAGGGAGCCAGGGUCGGGGUUAAAAGAAAAAUCGUCACAAAUAAUAUUACAAUGGACCUUAUGUGCAGUUGUACCUUUACAUUUUAAUCAUAUUACACAUAAAAGAAGAGCCCAUAAAAUACAUAAUAGAGAUUUGAACUACAAUAAGAACACUGAAGAUAAUUAGGCUACAAAUUAACUCAAUGCGAUGCCAACAAGCCUCCCUGAAUUUGUCGGCUGCCGCGAUAUUAGAUUUAGCCGUUAACUUGUCUUUACAUUCCUCAUAUCCUAACACAAACAACGUGCAUUCCUCUGGAGAAACACUGAGCAUGAGCCGUUGCAAAAAAGUCUGCCUGCGCGGCCGAACACGACCAUUUUAUGUGAACGCACACCAACACCAAUUUAGUUAACACUGACUCAACUGACCAACAUCUUCUCCACCGUCGUAGUUUGACUCCACGGAUUACCCCGAGUUAACUCUGAGUAGGUUGAAGUCCCUUCGUAGUACAGGCCACUGGUGUUACCCAUGGAUAAAGUUUAGGACCCUUGUUGUUACAUCGAUGAUCUGCUUAAUGUUUGUAAAGUGACGUCUGAUAUUGUAGUUGGAAACAACACACUUUUACGGUCACAGAAACCUGAAUAUCCUCACUGUCAGUCUAAAUAAUUUACUUACUCUGGUGCAGGGCAAUAAGUUUGUAUGUGUGUAUGUGAUUGCUUAAACAAGUUGCCUAAAACAGGACUUCAUAUAAAUUUCCUCGGGCGUAUUAAAAUGCAGUUUAUUAAUAUAAAUCUAAAGAGACCAUACAGAGACUAAAAUCCCUUAUACACAUUUUGUUAUGAUAGAAUUUUAGAAUAAAAUGCACAAUAACCUGUUGGUAAUGUGUUUUUCUGUGUUUGAACUAACCUGUCUGCUGUAAACCAUCUUCAAACCUGAGACUCUUCUAUUGGUCUGAUGAUU